CACGGCUAUAUCUUACAUUGUCAAUCAGUUCAUUAUCAAGGACGAGCAAAAUGGCUGAAACUAAUUCAGUGUUUUGUUGUGAGAAUGGAAACUUUACACUUACUGAUACCAUGAAGAGAUCGUUCGAUGACAAUGGGUUCAUCCUUGUAAGAAAACUCUUUUCAAACGAAGAAGUAAAACACAUAGAGAAUGCGUUGACAGAGGGACCUUUUCAAGACUAUACAUACGGUGUUGCUGAUGGUGAAGGAGGUGAGGCUCAUAUGAUACUAUGGCAACAUCCCGGAAAUGAUGUCACUGGUAUGGUGGGAAGAUGCGAAAAAGUAGCUGGAACUUGUGACAUGCUUUUGGAAGGCGAGGUAUACCACUACCACACAAAGCUCAUGAAGAAGCCAGCUAAGAUUGGAGGCAAGCAUAUCUGGCAUCAAGAUUACGGAUAUUGGUAUAACUACGGCAACUUGUUUCCCAACAUGAUGACUGUGUUCAUAGCUGUAGACAAAUGCACGAAAGAAAACAGCUGUCUGCAGGUGUUGCCAGGCUCACACAAGUGCGGCCGUAUUGAGCACGUGAAAAUUGCCGCGCAACAAGGGGCAGAUAUGGACAGGGUGGCGGAAAUACGAAAACAUUGCCCGCUGGAAUAUGUCGAAAUGGAACCAGGAGAUGCACUUUUCUUCCAUUGCAACCUCCUUCACUGCAGUAGCGCCAACACAAGUGGGAACAGGAGAUGGGCUUUUCUGUGUGCGUACAAUAGAGCUGACAAUGACCCGAUAAAGGAUCAUCAUCAUCCUCAUUAUACCAAGCUGGAAAAGGUGCCAAAUUCUGCAGUCCUCGAAUGCACUAACUUAACAGAUAUGACAGGAAAACAGUUCUAUGGUGAAAAUCUGGAAAACAUUCCAGGAAGACGAAAAAUUCCACGAGAUGAGCAAUAAAUAGGGAAUAUUCGAUAACGUCCGGUGUAAGAUCGAACAAUAUUUCACCGUGUGAUCAAAGAAAGCGGUAUUGUUCAUUUAAGUUAUUUCAGAUAUUCAAUAUGGACAAGUAGUGCAAAAACAUGAUGUACCACCGAAAAGCAUAAACUUUACGCAUAAUGGCUUUUGACUUCGACUGGUAAUCUUCAUUACCUUGUGGCUGACCGUGAAUGAGAUAUUACUUAAACAUUGGUUUUGUACUCUCCAAUGUUAGUUAGAAAUAACAAAUGCAAGUACAAUAUACCCAAGUUUUAUAUAUCAAAAUAUUUUGUUUGAGUAACAAUAAAAAUAGCAUGUAUUGCCGAAACUAAAACAUAACUUAAGCUGAGAUAAACAAUGAACAUGUCAGUUGGACUUAUAUUUUAUUGGUAUGCCUACAUUUUUAUGAUAUGUUAUAACUGUAAUAUGUUACAUUUCAUUUGAUCUUUUUGCAGAUGUAUGUUUGGCAUAUGUAUGUUUUUGUCAUAUAAAAAACAUUUGUUUA